UUUAACGAACAGAAAAGCCCUCCGUUUGGUCUGAGACGCGCUCCUGUCCCGGACCGCUGUGCGCUCCGCAGACCCCUCUGACACCGAGAGACCCUGCAAGGGGACACCACCGAUAACUUUUUGCAUCUUGCUUUUCAACAAAGUGCCAACAGUAUGCCGAAACAAGUUGAGGUGAGGAUGCACGAGAGUCACCUGGAGCCCAUCGAGGCCAGGCCUCAGUCCAAAUGUGCCAAAAUCUGCUCCAAGCUGUUCACGAACCUUCUGCUCACACUCACCAUCCUCGGUGUGAUCCUGGGAUGUAUAUUUGGGAUGUUGCUUCGUGUCGCCUCCCCGAUCCACCCCGAUAUUGUCAUGGUGAUUGCUUUUCCUGGUGACAUCCUGAUGAGGAUGCUGAAGAUGUUGAUCCUACCACUCAUCAUCUCCAGUUUAAUCACAGGUCUGGCUGGUUUGGAUGCCAAAUCCAGCGGCCGCCUGGGAAGCAGAGCUAUGGUCUACUACAUGAGCACAACUAUGAUUGCUGCUGUACUGGGAGUCAUCCUGGUGUUAGUCAUCCACCCUGGCAACCCCAAACUGAAGGAGAAUCUGGGCCAGGGAGAGAAGAAUGAUGACGUGUCCAGUUUGGAUGCCUUCUUCGAUCUGAUCCGGAACCUGUUCCCAGAUAACCUCGUGCAGGCUUGUUUCCAACAGAUCCAGACCGUCACGCAGAAGGUAGAGGUGGUAAUUGUGGAGGAUAUCAAUGCAACAUCUGUCGAAGGCCUGCUGGCUAACAUUACCAAGGAGCCUCAGUUCAUCGUCAACAAAUCCCUUCAGUUCAAGAGUGGCAUGAAUGUUCUGGGUAUGAUUGGUUUCUUUAUUGCAUUUGGCAUCUGCAUGGGCAAGAUGGGCGAGAGGGCCAGACUCAUGCUUGAAUUCUUCAACAUCCUCAAUGAGAUUGUGAUGAGACUUGUCAUCUGUAUCAUGUGGUACUCUCCCUUUGGCAUUGCCUGUCUUAUCUGUGGUAAGAUCAUCUCCAUCAAGGACCUGGAGGUGGUGGGCAGACAGCUGGGCAUGUACAUGGUGACAGUGGUUGUUGGCCUCAUAAUCCACGGAGCAAUCUUCCUGCCCACCAUCUACUUUGUUAUUGUCAGAAAAAACCCCUUCACCUUCUUCCUGGGAAUCUUCCAGGCCUGGGUCACUGCCCUGGGGACAGCAUCCAGUGCUGCUACCCUGCCCGUUACCUUCCGUUGUCUGGAGGAGAACUUAGGUAUUGACAAAAGAGUCACUCGUUUUGUCCUCCCAGUCGGUGCCACUAUCAACAUGGACGGAACUGCUCUGUAUGAGGCGGUUGCAGCCAUCUUCAUUGCCCAGAUGAACGACAUCUACCUCGACCCUGGUCAGAUUAUCACUGUCAGCCUGACAGCCACCUUGGCCAGUAUUGGAGCUGCCAGUAUUCCCAGUGCCGGCCUGGUGACGAUGCUCUUGAUCCUGACCGCUGUCGGCCUGCCAACCGAAGACAUCAGUCUGCUGGUUGCUGUUGAUUGGCUGCUUGACCGAUUCAGGACCUCAGUGAACGUGGUGGGUGACUCCUACGGUGCAGGCAUCGUGUACCACUUGUCCAAGGCUGAGCUUGACGAGCUGGACAAACAUGCGGCCAAAUCCGACGGCAUUGAAUUGGUGUCGAAGAACCAGUCUUAUUGCGACGACAUGAAGAACCACCACGAAAACAAUUCCAACCAGUAACCUCAGCCACUAACGGCUCUGCUGCGGAGUGCACGCUUGUUGAGGAGGGACCAUGGAAACAUGAAUAAUGGCAGCACAGAGAUCCCCUGCUCCUGGGCUCCACAAGCUUUCCUAUCUGGUGAAAAAGUGAAUGAAAAAAAAAGUCACACGAACAGAACUACUAAUUGUUUUUUUUAUGUAGCUUUCUUUUUUUAUUAGUCCCUUUAAAAGUUUUUGUAACUGUAUCUGACUGAUUUAUAAUACUAAUUCACUUAAUUCACGUGAAUCGAUAACAGAGAUAUACGUUACCUAUUAGAGCACAGUUAUGUCCGUAUAGCAGAUACUUGCACAACAUACUUCAAGGCUGGGGGAGGAAAGGACGAGAACACAGUUAUAUACACUCUGCUGAGCAAUAUAUCCUGGUUCUACACUUAUGAGAUGUUAUUAAGAUGAGAGGAGAAGUUAAAGCAUCAUGACAACCAACGUAAUGUUGGGACUGAACUUUCUUUAAUUUCAGCCCUGUCAGUACCAUCAACAUGUGUGCGUAACGCCACUGCUUUUCCACAUCAGCUCAGUCUCUCAUCUAAAAGCAUCACUUCUGGUUCUCAAACUGUCAGACGUUCAACUGCAUCUGACUGCAUUUGCCCAAUAUUACUCGUUAUCCCUGAGGUCCAGCAAACCAAUGAAAAGGUGGGAGGCAGGGAGAACAGUUAGGAACGGGAUAACCGCACUGAGCCUCAUAACCUACGAGCAGUCACAGUGGAAUUAUAAAGCACAAAUCAUGGAUGCCAUUUUUUUGUAUCCCCUUUUGUUUUUUUGUUUUUUUCUGCUGUAAAGGAAAGGGACUUCUUUGUCCUAAUGUAACCUGUUGAGUGAGAUAUAAAUGUUGUGUGUGUGUGUGAAAGAGAGAGUGAGAGCUGAAGUUAAGAACAUGACCAAGUUAAGUAUAGGGACCAAACAAGCAGAAAAUCAAUCAACUCAGAGGCCUCCAUGACGUCACUCACAACACAUUAUCCAGCUUUCUAAUAUUUAUGUCCAUUAAUCGCAGAUACUAUUACCACCAUUUCAGUUGAAGCCUCAAAGCUAAGAAAAGCACUGCUCUAAAUAUAAAGCGUCACACUUUCUCUUCCCCCCCCCCCCCCCCCCAAAAACAUAUUUAGUGAUGCCAAUGAAAUUAAAAGAAGAUUAGGCGCCAAAGGGAUUGUUGUAAAAAAUCGACAGUAAUAAAUAAUUGACGUAUCUGAAUAAUCUGUAGCACAGAAUGAGAUAAUAUAGAGCACAAACAGAAUGAUAGAGCACAAAUAAAUCCAAUGAGGAUCGUUUUCAGUCAGUGGCAUAAUCAAAGUCAUGCACAUUAUUGUUUCAUGUUACCACUGGUUGUAUUCCAAGUUUAAAUUUAUUUUUAAAAAGAAAAUAAGGGACAGUGGAAGCUACUCAGGCUUGUAUUUUUACUCUUUUACAGGGGGAAAAAAAGUAACCCUAAAAUGUGUACUUCGUCAUUGUACAGCUUAAAAAAAAGCCUCAUAGCAGCACAACUUUUCUAAGCAUUGACCUUGAAAAUGUUGACACACACACAUAUUUCAGAUAACAUUCCAGCGUUUGAAUGAUCCUCAACGUGCGUACUCUGCUAGCACAGACACAGUUAUUACUGACAGAGGACACGUGGCGAACCACCAGAACUUAAUGCUCUUUUUUUAUUAAGAAACAGAGAAAGAGAAGUGCAAGGUUUGGCUGACAGAUGUAUUCUUGGCUUGCACAAACAGAGACAGAUCCCUGAUAUAACCCUUUCUGGGAGGCUUGCCAGCGUCUUGUUUAGCCAGACCUAAAAGAAGGUAAACAACAAUAUAUUUUCGCCACCAGAGCUCAAGACUGUUUCUACAAACCCUAGAUGCUGCAGCUGUGUGUCCAUAUGGCUUCAAAGGUGUUUUUUUUAGGACAAUGGACACUUCACAUGCAUUAUGCCAGAAUGUUGCCAUCUAUCAGGUAAUAUGAAUAUACUGUAUUCCUCUCAUAUAACCAAACGGCUUAAAAAGACCUGCAAAUAUAGAAAUGAAGCUGGACUACUGGCUGAUAAUUAUUGUUAGCCUGCAUGGGUGAGAGGUGAGACUUCUGUGAUGUGGCUGAGAUUUGAUUUCUUUGUCAGCAUUAUGUCCUUCUCACCUGUCUUAGUUUGUUUAAUGAUAACCUUGCCUUGAAUAUGUUCACUUCAAAUCCCAACAACAAAUGCCAUGAAGAGUAACACUAAGAAACGUAACGACACACUUAGCACAGCACUAUGUCCUUUAGUUCCUGAAACACACUCAGAAGAUGUCUUUCAACUUGGCUUUGUUUUAAGCUCGGCUAACAAGUAUGCUUCGAUCCAACAACGAGUACACACACACAUUUACCAUUUUGAAAGGCUCACAUACAAACACACGAAAACACUCCUGGAAACUACAUUUCUACUUGUAAUUAGCGAGCUGCUGAGCACAGCACUGACACACAUCGGGCCCUCUGAGUCUGAGCUUUCAACCUUGUGAUCAGGAAAAGAAAAGAAAAAACUCCAUGAAGGAGACGAGAUACACUACAGUAUCAUCGAUGGGGAUUGAGUGUUGGACCACUAUUAUGUCCAAACUCAUGGUUUUAGAAGCAUGAAUAAAAUAAAAUGAUAAUUAUUUUAUGCACCACUAUCUUAAAUGCAUGAUAUUUUUAAGUGCCUCCUUGCACUUUGUGUAUAUAUUGCAGGUAACAGAUGUUUUUUGUUUAUUUGUUUUGUUCCUUUUGUUUUCUGUUGGGAGGCGUUGAAAUGGUAAAUAGGAAUAUAGUUUCAUUGAUGUGACAUUUUUAAAGUAAUCCGUGAGAAAAAAAUAUAUCAUCUAUGUCCUGAGUAAAAUUAGAUUAGACAAAAUGUUUAGAGAGGAAAUCGUGUAAUAAAUUGCUUGUUUUUCUGUUCUCUAAUAGUUGUUAACGAGAUGUUUUACUUACCUGUCACACAAAAAUAUAUAAAUAUCUUUUUUUAAAUCUAAUGUAAGAGUUUUGAAUGUUUGUUCAUGAAGAUAUAAACAGUGUGCAUUCAUUUCCAUUGUACAUAAAUAAAUAUAUAAUUGUUCUGUUCAGUGGCGAAGCAGACUUUUCUGGAAACUCCAGUGAUCCUGAAGCAAACGCUGUUUGAGAAAGAUAGAGAGAGAGAGGAAGAGAGAGACAGAAAGAGAGCGAGGGGAAGUUUUGGGUUUGAAGAAAUGGGGCCAACAAGAGAUAUAUAAAGGUUGCUGAAAAGAGAGACAAAUAAAGGAAAAGGUCAAAUUUGCCCUGUAUGUAGGAUAGAGUGAGGAAUAUAACAGCCUAGUUGUUGAUUUGUGUGAAAGAAUAAACAACAUGUGAUGCAUUCAGAUGCCGGUUACAGUAUAGAGCAACAUUCCUCAGGUGACUCAUCUGAAUCAUUUUGUCUUUUCAAUGAAGAAAACUGGCUUUAGUCUCAGGCUACUCUGUUUACCUGUUGCACGUGCAUUUAAAGCUGCAUAUCGAGAUCUUUCACAUCAUCAAAACGCCACACCUUCACACACAUUUGACCGUUGACAUGCUAUCAACAUUAUGGAGGUUUAUAGAAAUCCCACUUGGUAAACCGCCGAUACUCCACUUGCCUUUUUAUUGCUUUCUACACAUAAACUAUAUGCACUAACAAACACCUGGAGCUGAGUUAAAUAGUACUUAUGAAAUGAGAUCUGAUUGACACGGUAGUUCAAACAAAGAGCCAGUAUAUCUUCAAGCUUGUCCUUUUCUACUGAAGUGUGUAUUUUUAAAGAAACUCCUAAACAAAGCUGAUAACCUGUCAUACUCCUACCAACAAACUUGCUUUCCCAAUCUUACUUUUAUAAGCCUUUCCUCUUUCCUAAAGCUGUUGUAAUUUUGAUGUAAAGGCAGAGUGUAUGUGUGGGGGAGAUACACUACUCAGAAAAAAGACAAAAAAAGACAUGAAUUAUUGCCUCGGUCUGUGGUAUACAUACAAAACUGUUUCUACAUAUCAAUAAGUGUUGUACCCUUUGGUGUACAUAUACAAAUAUAACUAAUAAAUGUUGAUUCAUAACUAAA